AACAGAACGAACAAAACGCACUCAAAAAAUCUACUGUCACUUUAAUUGUCAGUAGAACCAUAAUUACAUGACAUAAUCUGUCAUUUAAUGAAAAUAUCGAUAGAACCGUCAACGUUAUCAAUUCCUAAAUCUCAAAAUGGAAGAAGGAUGCUUUUAUUGCAAAUGUUUCAUUAAAGAUAACGAUAAGGUCAAAAAGGAAUCGUCAGUAUCAGAUAUACCAGGAUGUAAGGAUCACUUGCACAACUGGGAAAGAUGGUUAAAAGAAAGAAAACACAUUAACCAAUCGUUAUCCAAACGAUUAAAUCGUCCAAAGGACCAUCUCUUGAUGAACGCUACAGAAGAGGAGAGAAAGAUUAUGGAAGAAAAAAUACUCUUCGUGAACGAUAAGAACUACGCUUAUUUUGACAAAUACCGGGGAAAUCCAGAAUGGUUUAAGUUGAGACCAAGGUUGUUCCAGCGUUGCAGAAAUGAUCCAAUCAUUGAAGCUGUCGUGUUAAAAGGCGAAAAGCGAGAGGUCGUACCUAUUGUAUACGUUGAAACGCCCACUCGUAUACUCAAAGAAAAAGAUAUUUUACCAAGAACAAGGAAUUUUUUAGCGCGCUGGCAAAAAGGAACUUAUAGGCAAGCAGUUUUUAAAAGAAUAAGAAAAAAUAUGAAAUUUUUGGAACCGCACAGACCCAAUCUUUCAGAAUUAAUCGUAACAGGGCACAAAGUAGGAGGCCCUAAAGAAAAAAUCACUGGACCGUGUCCAGGUGGUCCUUGUAAAGCAUCUGAUUCUUGCAUUAAGAAGAAUUGCUAUCCACCCUUACCUGCUAUCCAACUUCCAAAUAUAUUUUGCAAUACCUGCGAUAGCGUAUCUAUCACUGUAAAUUCACUUCCCACUACUAGUUUAAUAAUUAAUGGUAUCGAGAUCACUCCUGCUAUAAUAGAAAAAGGUAAAAUGAAGAUGAGACUUCUGUUCACCUCAAACCUGAUACCAAAAGUACCGUUACAAAAAUCAAUAACUUUCGAAAAUUGCGGAAGUACGACGUUGCGUAUACAAUUUCAUAAGCAGCAAAAAUUCAGAACAUUUCGAGACAUAAUUCCCCACGUCAGGAUAUCGACGCCGUUUUACUUCAACAAGGACGAAAUUAUUUUGUUACCCCGACAAAAAAUUGACCUACCUAUUUGGUUUAAAACUCCUAAAACUGGACAUUUUAUAGAGAGUUGGGAGAUGACUACAUCGCCUAAGUUGUGGCCAGACAUAUUCAUUUUUACGAUUAGUCUACAAGGUAUCGUUUAUAGAGAAGACUGUUAUCUCAUUGCAAAAGGCAUUGAAUCAAUGCUAGAAUCUAGAAUCAGGUAUACAUUGGUCAAAGAGAUCAUUAAAGAUAUCAUAGACACGACCAAAUUCGAACAAAGCCAACUAUACACCUACAUGUAUACCGAAAAGGACUUAUUCGAAUCGAUAAACAUGGAAAAAUGGGGAUCGGCAAACAGGCCCAAAUAUCUGUACGAUAAGGACAUCGUCACGCAGCUCAAAAAGUUAUACUACACCGUUAGAUCUAACGAUGACCCUCUUCAUUGGAAUUAUUCCAUUACAACUCUAAAAGAAGCUACCAGAAAAAGAGACGUUUUGGAUUUUAUCGAUAAUCUUUACAAGGAAUGUAUGAAAGUUAAAGAUAGAGCCGAAGUUUUGAGAGAGAUGUAUGAUGUACCGAAUACACAGCAAAAACCAGGUGAUGGUGAAAAAAGUGCUGUGGAAGUUAGAAGCGUAGCUCGUCAACCUGUAGGAGCUGAAAGCAAAACUCAAGCCGCCAGUCACCUUUCGUCCGAUCACAAAAUAUCGUAUGCCCGCUAUUACGAAUUAAACACGUUGUUGCAAAAAUUGGAACGGGCCGUGAUGAUUCCAAAUAGUCAAAGAUCGAAAUACUCCGAGGCAUUUUUUAUAUGGAGAUUUUAUUUGAACAAGAUCUCUUACGAAUUGGACAACUACAACACCACCACCGUUACUGAUGUCGAUUAUAAUAAGAUCAGACGAAUUGAAGACUUGCCAGAAAGGUUGAUUUUUGAAAGGUUUGAUGACAUUUGGGCGAAACGUACUCGAUUGGUUAAGUUCGAUUCAAACGUCCUGAACAAAUAUCCGGCGAAACCGAAGCCAAAAUUUUUGGAAGAAAUUCCGCCAGACGAUUUGGAGGCGGUUUAUCAGACUUAUGUCAGUAGACAAACAUCGCAGGAGAACAAGAAAAAGAAAGAGGUCGGAAAACCGCAGGAGGCGCCUACCAAAGCUAAACAUAUUCAGUCAAAAAAUAGCUUAAACCCUGAUCGCGAUAUAGAAGGAUUCGAUCCGUACGCUGAUCUGAUGAGCGACAUUGUCAUCGGCGCUAACGUUAUGCACCAGAGAAAAUUAAUAAUGUUGACCGAGUUAGAUCAAAGUGAUUCUACCAAUUCAUUGAUACCUUCGCCCAUACCUUACCAAGAAAAAUACCUGAUUGUUUAUACGAACCUUUGUUCGGCUAUAGACGCGUUGGUUAACACUAUUGAAACGAUGUCGGAAAAGAAAAUAGCCAUACCGACAUUGGGCGAAUUGGCUCGAUGUAAAGUCGUCAACACGGAAACUACUUAUUUGGAGAAACCGAUGUCAGCUACCGAGUCAAGAAUCGAUGCUUCCGCUGACGAAUAUUAUCAAUAUUUGAUAGACACCUAUUUAAAAGAUGCGAACACUCAAGAUUAUUUUAUUGGAGAAAAAACCGUUCCGAUUGUCGAAAAACUACAAGAAUUUUUCAGUUCGAGUACAUCUGACAUGCGCUUCGAUAGAACGUACACUUCUAUGGAAUACUUAGUAAUGGAAGUCAAGGAGGAAGCUAAAAGUACUGUUGGUGUUCAAACCAGCGAAACGGAAGAGUUUUUAAAGCCUAUUUCGAAUAUUUUGAUAAGACCCGAUAUUGUAUCACAUUCGUAUAUUGUUAACGAAGAUUUGCUGUACGAGGAAUCCGAAAUACCCUGCGGCGAGGAAGAACCGGUUGAAGAAAAUUUCUAUAUAGUGGAAAGCAACGAAUGUUUGCCUCCUGAACCUGAUCAGCCUUAUAGUCCUGAAAGUCAGUUGUGGUAAAAAAUUCAAAUGUAUAUUCAGUUUUAUGUAAUAAAAAAAUCGAUGUAAAAAUCUGAUAGAAAAUUUUCUUCAAUUACACAUUUUA